UUAGCAAUCCUCUUUCCUGAUUGGCUUGGGAUGAAAAGAUUCGUGUUACCCUAAGCUUUUAUUAGCAUGUCAACAGCUACUCCGUACUUAAAGGGGCAGGAGGGCUAUUGUCUCGGCUUCAUAUCAAAUGGGUAAUCCAUGUUUUUAAUAGCCGUGUAGAAGCUCUGAUUUGGUUGAUCCAUCGAGAAGAUGGGUCCCAUUCAUAUUACGCUGCAAUGAUUUCCAACAUCCCUUAUGUGCCUGGGCCAACCUGUUCUGACUAUAAGAAUGCCUUCCCGCUCACCAUUUUAUCGUUUUGGUCACCUCAGCUUCUUUGCAAACGAGCCUAUCAACCUGUACAGCAAAUUGCGCCAAUAUGCAAUUGGCAGCAUUUCUAAGCCUCGCGGGCUUGGUUACGGCCCAAUGUCCGUACGGAUUUGACACACCACUCCAAAAGCGUGAAUCUGUUGAUGCUCAAGCCAGUAGUUCUAGUUUCUUGAAUCAAUUCACAAUUAACGAUACCGAUGCAUACUUUACCACCGACGCAGGUGGGCCCAUACAAGAGAACACUAGCUUGAAAGCUGGGGAGAGGGGUCCAACGCUACUUGAAGAUUUCAUAUUUCGUCAAAAGAUACAGCACUUCGAUCAUGAAAGGGUAUGCCCUUCUUCUCUCUUCAACUAAUUGUUCUCCUAACUUGUUUCAUAGGUACCGGAACGUGCCGUGCAUGCUAGAGGUGCCGGUAAGCAUCGUAUCCCAUGUCUUAUGGAUAGAUAAUUGACAUUCAUAUAGGCGCUCAUGGUGUUUUCACAAGUUAUGGAGAUUACAGCAAUAUCACCGCAGCUAGCUUUUUGAGCGAACAAGGCAAAGAAACGCCUGUUUUUGUGCGGUUUUCCACGGUCGCAGGAAGUAGAGGUAGUGCUGACACUGCGCGCGAUGUCCAUGGCUUUGCUACCAGGUUUUACACUGACGAAGGGAAUUUUGGUAAGCUACUCCCUUUCGAUACUAUUGGUAAAGAGGACUAACGAGAAAUUAGACAUUGUAGGGAACAACAUUCCCGUUUUCUUCAUUCAGGAUGCAAUCCUAUUCCCUGAUUUGGUUCAUGCCGUCAAGCCAUCCCCGGACAACGAGAUCCCCCAGGCCGCAACAGCUCAUGACUCUGCUUGGGAUUUCUUCAGCCAACAACCAAGCUCACUUCAUACUCUCUUUUGGGCCAUGGCUGGAAAUGGAAUUCCAAGAUCAUUUCGUCACAUGGAUGGUUUUGGUAUUCAUACAUUUCGCUUGGUCACUGAUUCCGGUAGUUCCAAGUUGGUCAAAUGGCAUUGGAAGAGUAAACAAGGAAAGGCAAGUUUACUCUGGGAGGAAGCCCAGGUAUUGGCGGGGAAGAAUGCAGAUUUCCACAGAAAGGAUUUAUGGGAUGCUAUUGAAAGUGGAAAUGGUCCUGAAUGGGAGCUAGGUAUUCAAGUUGUGGAAGAAGAAGAUGUCUUGAAGUUUGGAUUUGAUCUUUUGGAUCCCACGAAGAUGAUACCUGAAGAGCUUGUUCCAGUUCAGAAAAUUGGAGUUAUGAAGUUGAAUGCCAACCCGAGAAAUUAUUUCGCGGAAACUGAGCAAGUUAUGGUGAGCAAUGAAUCUGCAUUUUGUUGCAUAUUAUACUAAUCCUGAAUAUUGUAGUUCCAACCAGGACAUAUCGUUCGUGGUGUAGAUUUUACGGAUGAUCCUCUUCUUCAAGGACGUAUCUUUUCAUACCUAGAUACGCAGCUCAAUCGCCAUGGGGGACCAAAUUUCGAACAACUCCCUAUCAACCGCCCACGCGUACCAGUCCAUAACAACAACCGUGAUGGUGCAGCACAACAAUUUAUCCCACUUAACACCGCUGCAUACUCUCCAAAUACUCUCAAUAAUGCCAAUCCAAAGCAAGCAACCCAAAAAGAUGGCAGGGGAUUCUUCACAGCCCCUGGAAGAACCGUCUCAGGCAACCUAGUAAGGACGGUCUCGUCAACCUUUUCGGACGUUUGGUCUCAACCUAGAUUGUUUUAUAAUUCCCUCAUACCAGUGGAACAACAAUUCCUCAUCAACGCUAUUAGAUUCGAAACUUCGCAACUCACAUCUAAAGUGGUGAAAUCGAAUGUUCUCAUUCAACUAAACCGCGUUUCGCACGAUCUCGCCACACGUGUUGCUGCAGUCUUGAACCUACCUGUUCCGGAAGCAGAUGAUACUUACUAUAAUGAUAACAAAACUUCUUACGUUACAAUAUUUGGAAACGAACUGCCAACCAUUGCGACACUUAAUGUCGGAGUUUUGGUGUCUGUCAAAAACAAUGGAAGUUUAACGCAAGCGUCCAAUCUGGCAACCGCAUUUUCGACAUCCGGUGUGAAUGUGAAAGUCGUGGGGGAGGUCUUGACAUCUGGAGUAGAUGCUACUUACAGCGCCUCGGAUGCGACACUAUUUGAUGGUAUCAUUGUAACCGAUGGUGCCGAGAUACUAUUCACAAAUGGAUCAAAAUCAACGUACUUCCCUGCCGACCGUCCUCGUCAGAUCUUGUUAGAUGCGUACAACUGGGGCAAACCUGUGGGAGCUUUAGGAGUUGCUAAAACGGCGUUAACCGUUGCGCAAAUUUCUUCUGGAGCAGGCGUGUAUAGUAAUGCAACGGAUGUAAAUGCGUUUGUUAAGGAUUUCGAAGCUGGAUUGAAGACAUUUAGGUUUGUUGAAAGAUUCGCUUUGGAUGAUUAAGGCAGAAUCCACCUAGCCAGGGAAUAGUCGAAUGGAUGGCGAACUUUGUACCUAAUUUGUAAGAUCUGUAUGUAUUGUUUAUGAUUUUAAUCAUGG